GUGACCUGAAGAUACAAGCCCUUUAGAACUUUGGUGCCUGUGAAGUGAUAAGCACAAGUGUUGAAAAUCCACUUUUACAUUUGAUUGGUAAAUGACAAGUCCUUGUGUAUAACCAUCUCAAGCCUGCCUGGGAAUUCGGACUUGACAAAACACGAGAUACGGUCAGAGAGGAUUAGUCCACCCUGUAGCGUUGAUCCGUGACAUUGAACACCUACAAAUGUUCAUAAAAGUGCUAGAACAUUUUGGAACAAGACUUGGAAGAACAAAUUAGUGGUGUUUGUUAAUUGUUGCUGUAGAGUGAGCACCGAAGUAACUCUCAUUCACACUGAGCAGACGUUGAGUGAAGCACAGAACUCCCUGCAACGUGUUGUGGAUGGGUGACGUCAUAUCUCCUGAUCUUAAACCGAGAGGAGGAAUUCCAAUACUUCGAUUUUCAAGAGACAUACAACAUACCCGUCUGAGGCCAAGACCAGUGUUAUUGUGUGACGUCAUCUGGGAAACAAGUGACAGUCUCACGUGUAUCUUCCACACUCACAAGGUUACAGAAACACAGAGUUGAAUCCUUUAAGAUAAUCUGAUGGUAAUCGAGUAGUGUUUUUAAGAUCUUGAAGCCUCUGGGGUCUUGAUUUUUGUUAUUAAGACGUAACUGUGAAGGCUUUUAAGGAGGUGAACUACACUACGGGGUUAAUGACUUACAUACACGUCUUCAAUACUGACUCCUAUUCGUCUACAGAAGAUAUGGCGCCUUAAUUAAGUGUUGUUGUAGGUGUGGUUAUUGGGAAUUACUGUAACGCAAGUGACGUGUGACGGGGAAAUUAGCGGUGAUAAUAUACAGACAGAGGUGACGCAGUGACUGAGUUAAGACAGAACAGGAACUAAAGUGUUGAAAGUUGUCGAAUUGUGAUUUAAUGUUGAGAGGUGAGGUGAUUCAGUGUGAGUGAGUCAAAGGUGGCGAGACUCACCGAGGUGAAGAUUACGGAUGAAAAAGAAGUUUCGUAAAGGUGUCAAAGUGGAGCGUUCCGAAGCAACAAACGAAGCUGUGGAAAGCGAAGACAUCGAGAAUUCCGAAUCGGACAGAGUUUGUCAAGAUAUUGAAGAGAAUCGUUCCGAGCCAAAAGAAGCUCGUAAAGGCGUCAUAGUGGAAGGUGUUGAGUCAAACAAAGCUGGGCAAGAGGUCGAAGUGAAGCGUUCCGAACCACAAGAAGCUCAUGAAGACGCAAUAGUGACACGUUCCAAAUCAAAAGAAGCUGGUAAGAGUGUCGAAACGAAGCCUUCCAAGCCAAACGAAUCUCGCAAAGGCGUCAUAGUGAAACGUCCCAAAACUAACGAAUCUGGCCAAGGCAUCAAAGUGGCGACUGUCGUGAUCCGCAGCAUGGGUGAGAUCGCCAUCACAGGUGAUAUGAGCCCAGACCUGACGGGUGACGCGGCUGCCCAGGCGGGGUACCUGGACUGCCAGAUGACGUCCACGUGUGACUCUACAGCAGCAUCCAGAGACCUGAGGAGGAGUUAUAGUGAGGCUGGGGAGGAGACCCUCUCCCCUCUUCCAGGUGUCCGUUCGACUUUCUUUCCAACCAUCAAGCGGAGUCUCAGCGAGGCUCCCUGGUUGGAGCCACGCCGACGGUGCAAAUCCAACUCGUCCACCUCUUCAGAUUCAGUCCUGUACUUCCCGGAGUUCACUCGACCCUCCCCGACCCAUCAGGUAGUCCACGGCCUUAAUCCUGGUAGUCUCUCUCCCAUCAAGUAUGUUUCCCUGGAGCCCCCAAGAGCCCACGGUUUCCACAGCCCCGAUAAGAUGACGACCAGAAGCAGUGGGGACUCUCAUGACGAGGUUCCUCAGGAUCUGUCCAAACACCAGAGGACCUUAACUCCCGAUAAUUACCCUGUGGAACUCCAGCUCAAUCUCAGAUCCAGGGGACAGGGUGUGGUGCAAGGUGUGAUGGAGCGGGUGGAGCUGCGUGAGAGAGAGGUGGGAGAGAAUCAACAAGGACCAAGAGACAGAGGACGAAAGAAGAAUGAAAAAGGGACGACGAAGGGGUUGAAAAGAGAACUGGAGGAGGACCCGGCCAGCGGCUUACCCGAGGUCAACAAUGGCAAGAUACUAGAUGUUCUUCAACACCACAUUAUGGUUGCUGAGACUGUAAAGUCCUACCCGGUGAACUACCCGGCACUCAUCCCGCUCACGCCCUCAGUGCCCGGCCUGGGAAGCUACAACCCCUGUUCUCCCUCUCUCCUCCAUCCCAACUACCAGGCUCACAUGAUGGACCAGAAGCCGCCCCAGCAGCAACAACAACAGCAAGGUCAAGGCCCUCAGAUGGGCGGGCCACAUAGCGGCCAGGAGACCCCGGUUGGGCUGGGUGCUUCUGGCCCCAACGUCCCCUCGUCUUUGGACUUGGCUGCGCAGCUGCGCAAGAAGGAGAUCUUCUCUCAAAGGAAACAGCGAGAGUUUAUCCCUGAUAGCAAGAAGGACGACUCCUACUGGGACAGACGCCGCCGCAACAACGAGGCGGCUAAGAGGUCCCGCGAGAAGAGGCGCUUUAAUGACAUGAUCCUCGAGCAGCGAGUGAUCGAGCUGUCCAAGGAGAACCACAUCCUCAAGGCACAGCUCACGGCCAUCAAGGACAAGUACGGCAUCCAGGGGGAGAACCUUAUCAACCCCGACCAGGUCAUGGCUAACAUGCCUCAGUCUGAGCAGAUUCUCGCCAUCACCAAGCGCACCAAGUUCUCCCAAGCACUGAUAACCCUCAACAGCUCACCGUCCGUCACGUCACUACUCAGCCCUGGAGACCCCUGUGACACAAACCCCUCCACACCCAGCUACCACGGCCAGCAGGAACCUGAGUCCCCUCCCCCACACUAUUCCCACUAUCCCUCAUCCUCUGGCCAGAUGGACGACCAGGACAGCGUAUAUGAUGUCCCCUCCCAACAGUACGGUCCCUCCACCAACAGUAAUUCCUUCUACGGGUCAUCUGUCCUCAACCUAUCCCGUACCUCUCACUCCCCUCCCUCUCCAACCCCCUCUCACAUGGAGUACUCUCCCAGUGACCCCGAGCUGUGCCGACGGUCCCCUGAAGUAGGCAUGUCCCUCCCACACAAGCUGAGGCACAAGAGUCACCUCGGGGACAAGGACGCCGCCGCCCAUUCCCUCCUCGCCCUCCAGGCCAUCAAAUCUGAGCCUGAACACCACCAGGAGGCCGCUGAAGACUCUGUCGGGUCUUCGGACGAGCGGGACUCUGCCAUCGGCUACUCCUCCUCCUCCUCUUGCUCCGAGUACAACCGGGCGUCCGACAACAACUCCUCCUCUCCCACCGCCUGCUCCAUGGUCGACAGCAGCCAACAGCCGGUCAACAUGACCCACUUUCACCAGCAACAACUCUACCACCAACAACAGCAUCAACAUCAUCAACAACAACAACAACAACAACAACAACACCACCAACAACAACAACACCAACAACAGCAGCAGCAGCAGCAACAACAACAACAACAACAGCAACAGCAGGAGGAAGGAGAGCAGGUACUGGAGUACGAGAACACCCACCUCAGAUCGGAACUGGAGCGGCUAGCGACGGAAGUAGCCACCUUGAAGUACAUGUUGGUGCGCAGACCGCGUUCCGAGGGAGAUUCAGAUGGCUCUCGCUAAUCCGUGUGUGUCCGUUAAACGUGUGUGUCGUGAGCAUGGCUGUGACAUGGGCUCGUAUACACUGUUGGGUGUACGUGUCCGUGUGUGCCUGUGAUGAGGGGUGGAGGGGGCCGGAAGUGUGAUAUUCACACGUUUCAGGCCCCCAUGAACUAAUACCCCCACUGACAAAAACAGACAGAAAGAAUCUUGGUGCACUAUUUUCUGUCACAGCGGAAGGUGCCGUCUUCUCCCGCGCUCCCUCUCUUUAUACUUUAUUCUGACUAAUGUUAAUUAUUCAUAAUAAUAUUAUUGUACACUUUUAAGAAGAUUAUACAAUGUAUUUUCUCUUAAACUAUACAGAAUGUAUAUAAGUGCCAUUAGAUAAUAUAUGUUUUGUGAUCCUGAUAGA